AUGGGUUCCCCUCACCGCAGUCUCCUGCUGGUCCUAGUGGCCCUCCUGGUUGCCGGUAACGUCCACCGCGGGGCGGCGGAGACGACCGACGCGGGCGACGCCGCGGCAAUGCGGGCCCUGGCGAAGGGCCUGGAGGCGGACCGGGCCCUGGGCUGGACCGGCACGACCGACCCCUGCGCCUGGACCGGGGUCACCUGCACCGAGGGGCGGGUCACCGCCAUCCAGGUCGGUAACCGGAGCCUCGCCGGAACGCUACCGGCGGAGGUCCGGAACCUCACCGCCCUCCUCCGGCUGGAGGUCCACGACAACCAGCUCUCCGGCGUCCUCCCCUCCCUUGCUGGGCUCUCCUCCCUCCAGGCCCUCCUCCUCCACGGCAACCGCUUCUCCGGCGUCCCCCCACCGGACUUCUUCUCCGGGCUCUCCUCCCUCCAGUCCGCCUACCUCGACGACAACCCCUUCGACCCCUGGCCCAUCCCGGCCAACCUCAAGGACGCCGCCGCCCUCGUCAACUUCUCCGCCAACUCCGCCAACGUUUCGGGCGAGCUCCCGGACUUCCUCGCCACCGCCUUCCCCUCCCUCGACCACCUCGCCCUCGCCUUCAACCUCCUCUCCGGUCCCGUCCCCGCAUCCUUCGCCACCGCCCCGCUCCGCUCCCUGUGGCUCAACAACCAGCUCGGAAGCUCCCGCCUUUCCGGUGGCAUCGCCUUCGUCGCCAACAUGACCUCCCUCGAAGAGAUCUGGCUCAACUCCAACGACUUCUUCGGUCCCCUCCCGGACUUCUCCGCCCUCCAACACCUCCAAGACCUCCAGCUCCGGGACAACCGCCUCACCGGCCCUGUCCCGGCCUCACUCACCUCUCUCAAAUCUUUGAAUCGCGUCACCCUUACCAACAAUCUCCUCCAGGGGCCGGUGCCGGUCUUCCCGAAUUCGGUGAAGACCGUCGACCUCAUGCCGCGAACUGAGAGCUUUUGUCUUCAGAAACCAGGGGACUGCGAUCCCAGAGUCGAUAUCUUGCUCUCCAUUGCGAAAUCUUUCGGCUAUCCGAACAGAUUCGCCGAGAACUGGAACGGGAACGACCCGUGCGGCGGCGGCGGAUGGCCGGGGAUCAGCUGCGACAGCGGCGGCAACAUUACUGUCAUCAACUUCCAGAAGAUGGGAUUGAAUGGGACAAUCUCGCCGGACUUCGGUUCGAUCCCUUCUUUGCAGAAGCUGCUGCUGUCUCACAAUAACCUCACCGGCACGAUCCCGUCGACGCUUACCAAGUUGCCAUCUUUGAAGGAAUUGGAUGUGUCGAGCAACUUCCUCUGGGGUCAAGUUCCCACCUUUAACAAGAAUAUUAUGGUGAACAUAUCUGGGAACCCAAAUAUCGGGAAGGAUGUUAGUACUGCUCCAACUUCAGCUGGGGCACCCGGUGGUGCUAGCAGCGAUUCCAACCCAACUGGUUCGGCCGACGCCACCCAGAGCAGCAGCAGUGGUAAGUCUUCCUCUGUUCCGGUUGGAGUCAUUGCCGGAUCGGUGGUUGCUGUGGUAGUCGGUAUUAGUGUCAUCGGACUGCUCGGUCUUUGUUAUUACAAGAGAAAGAAGCAAGCUUUCGGUAGAGUUCAGAGUCCGAAUACUACUGUGAUACACCCCCGGCACUCGGGUUCGGACCCGGAUACGGUUAAAAUCACAGUUGCUGGCUCGACUUUGAACGGCGGCGGGACUGCAAGCGACGCAUACAGCCGGACAAGCAGCGGCCCGAGCGACGUACAUGUAGUUGAUGCUGGAAACAUGGUGAUAUCAAUCCAAGUCCUUAGGAAUGUGACCAACAAUUUCAGCAGGGAGAAUAUCUUGGGCGAGGGUGGAUUUGGGGUGGUUUACAAGGGCGAGCUCCAUGAUGGCACUAAGAUUGCAGUGAAGAGGAUGGAAGCCGGGGUGAUGGGGACGAAGGGAUUGAAUGAGUUCAAGUCGGAGAUCGCGGUCCUUUCUAAAGUAAGGCACCGGAAUUUGGUGUCGCUCCUUGGUUAUUGCUUGGAUGGAAGUGAGAGACUCUUGGUCUAUGAGUACAUGCCUCAGGGUACGCUGAGUCGCCAUCUUUUUAACUGGAAGGAAGAAGGGUUGAAGCCUUUGGAAUGGAAGAAGAGGCUGAGCAUUGCAUUGGAUGUGGCCAGGGGUGUGGAGUAUCUGCACAGUUUGGCGCAUCAAAGCUUCAUCCACAGGGAUCUGAAACCCUCCAACAUUCUGCUUGGUGAUGAUAUGAAGGCUAAGGUUUCAGACUUUGGACUUGUCCGGCUGGCAGAUGGGAAAGGUGGCUCUAUUGAAACAAAGCUUGCAGGAACUUUCGGGUAUCUUGCACCAGAAUAUGCAGUGACUGGUCGUGUGACCACAAAAGCUGAUGUGUUUAGCUUUGGGGUGAUACUAAUGGAGCUGAUCACUGGUAGAAAGGCUCUCGAUGAGAGCCAGCCAGAAGAGAGUGUGCACCUUGUAACAUGGUUCCGGAGGAUGCAGCUCAACAAGGACACCUUCCGAAAGGCCAUUGAUCCUACAAUGGACCUUGAUGAGGAGACCCUUGCGAGCAUUACCACCGUUGCAGAGCUUGCCGGCCACUGCUGUGCAAGGGAGCCUUACCAGAGACCGGAUAUGGGCCAUGCUGUCAAUGUCCUGUCCUCACUUGCCGAGCUUUGGAAGCCCUCCGAUCCCGACUCGGAGGAUAGUUAUGGUAUCGACCUCGACAUGACUUUGCCACAGGCACUCAAGAAAUGGCAAGCGUUCGAGGACAGCACCCAUUUCGAUGGUGCUACAUCAUCAUACAUUGCAAGCUUGGACAACACUCAGACCAGCAUACCCACAAGGCCACCAGGCUUUGCUGAUUCAUUCACCUCAGCUGAUGGAAGAUAGGUAGCAACAAAGGGGAGGAAAAAAUGGGGAGUUCUAAUUGAGGUUUGUUGGUUCCUUCUGUUUCCUGGCUUUGCUUCUGUUCUUGGGCUGUUUUUCUUCCCUUUUUUUUUUUUUUUUUCAUGUAUGCUGAUCUCUUAGCUUAAACACUUCCGGUUUCUCUUUUUCUAGUUGUUUUUCUUUAGAAUUUUGCGAAUACUGAAAAGAUGUUGUAUUGCAAUGAGUUGUAAUAUUGUUGUAUCAUUAUCACGUUGGUGCAUGAAAUGGUUGGCUGAUGAUCCCAUCCCAUGGAUGGAGUCUUCUGGUUAACCUUUGGUGAAAAGUUAGACUUUGUCCCCUUUUUUAAUAAUUUUUUUUAAUUUGUCUGUUUGUGAUGUAAAUCAUGCCAUGUUAAUCUGCCUAAUCUGAUAUGAUUUCCA